UCCGGUUGAGGCGCUUCGCGUUGCUGUCGGUGCAUUAAAACCCCUCCUGUGCUCGCCAAAUAAUACAACAUCUUCCGGAUCCGAGUGCUUGAGGCAGUUUGUGUUGCGCUCCAAGGAAUGUCACUUCUCCCACGGCUCAUUUAUGGCCACAACAACGUACGUACCGUUUGCAAGUGCCGCAUUCCGUUCGCCAGCUUUGCCUCCGUGUCGCAAGCAAGCUUUCAACGGCAACCUAACCCAACAACAAUCAAUCAACCAGCCAUCGGCCCGUGUGCGGUCGUCGAUCCGUUGGCUAUCCGGCUUCAACGGACAGUUUUCAACUAUCAACUGUGGCGAAACAAGUCGAAGAAAUCGUCCACCCGGCACGAUCGAGCCAAACCGUCCACGGAGGUAGACGAAGACGAGGACGCUGCGAUCGAUCGGGAUACCGAAAGUGACGCUUACGAGGCACUGGUUGCCGACAAGCACAGCCGCAUCGUGAAGGUGACGGUUAACUCGAUGCGGGCGGACCUUCUGCUGAAAGCCAGUCUAGGGAUCGCGCGGAACAAGGUAGAGACAAUGUUCUACGACAGCAAAAUACGCGUGAACGGCCGCAAGCUGCUGAAAAAAAGUGCCCAGCUCGAGGCGGACGACGAGAUCGAUGUGGUGCGCGGUCCGAGCCCGAACAAUCCGGAACAUCUGAUCGUGUCCCGCGUAGAGAUCCUGUCGGUAGUGCCGCAAACCGAAAACCUGCACGUAACGCUGCGGAGGCAGAACUCGCUGGUGAUAGAGAACUAUUCGGAUCAACCGAGCCACCGAGGCAGCGCCGACCGGGAUCCGUAGGUCGGUUGCACCUAGUGCAACCGUGCGCAGGCGACGAAUAGGAACCGUAACUUCGCGAGAUGUGCCGAUUGGCCGGAAACAGUCUUGUAUCAUGGUAAUUUACUCUAGUAGAAAGUUCAAAUAGUUUUUAAAACUACUCGAGUUUAAUAAAGUUGAACUCGUCGAUCAAGUAA